AAGAAGGCACAAGACAGUAUUGAGAAGAAAAGGCUCGCUGAUCAAAUGCAUCAGCAAAAAGUGAGGCAAGAUACAAUACGUGCGCAGGACGAACUGGCUAAACUCUUCAUGGAGGCGCUAGAGAAGGAGAAAGGCACACGUCUUUAUCGUUUGGUCGAGAAGAACAGCUACCUCCGGGAUAUCUGCAAUCAAUACCAGUCACUUGUGGAAAAAAUCGUGAUUUGGAGUCGAGAAUGCCUGGACAUUGAU